AUGGCUGCUCCAGGUACACCGCUCAGCUCGUCGGCGACGCAAGCUAUAUCCGUCUCUACCGUCGACGCUCCAUCCGAUCCUCUGUUGUCCUCGCAAUCGGCCCAACUCGACGGUCACAGCUCUUGGGACACGCACAUGGGCGGCAGCAAUGGCAUCGGCAGUCGUGCUCCCAGCCGUGCCAACACACCGGGCCAAGAUCAGAUGCCGUUGACCAUCCACUCGGCAGCGCAGCGCGGCGACCUGCCUGCCAUCAUGCGUCUCGUUGAUUCUGGUCGCGCAACGGUCCAUGACCGGGAUGACGACAAUAUCACACCAUUGCACUGGGCUGCCAUCAACGCCCAGCUCGCCACUUGUCGCUACCUUCUGGAUCACGGUGCCCAAGUCGAUGCACUAGGUGGCGAUCUCAUCGCCAGCCCGUUGCAGUGGGCAGCGCGAAAUGGCCAUGUCUACGUACUCGAAUUGUUGUGCUCUCGUGGCGCUGACCCGACCAUCACAGACUCGCAGGGCUUCAAUGCGCUUCAUCUCACCGUGCACUCGAGCGCAGUCAUGCCGCUCGUCUUCAUGCUGCAGCAACCCUCUCUCGAUUCACCAGAAGGUCUUGAUUCAACCGACUCGCAGGGCCACACGGCUCUCAUGUGGGCUGCUUACCAAGGCGAUGCCAUAUCUGUCGAUAUUCUUCUCAAGCACGGCGCCGACGUUCACAAACGCGAUGGCGCCGGUCUGACCGCUAUGCACUGGGCUGUCGUCAAAGGAAAUCGACUCUGCAUUCGUCUCUUGGCCGAUGCAAAAGCGGAUCUGCUUGCCAAAGAGGAUUCGGGCAAGACGCCAAGAGACAUGGCCAUCGAGCUCAAGUCGAUCGGCGCGUACCGCAAGGCAUUGGCCGAUAUUGGGCUAGAGGAGGAUGGCCGUCGCAAGCAACGCACUUUCGGUGCAAGUACCGAUCGCACCGCCAGACUGGCCACUAUGGUGGUUCCCUUUGUAGCGUUGGGUUUCAUCUUUGCCACCUUUGCAGCGCUACCCUGGUACACGGCCGCACCGUUUGCCGCAGCCGAGUUGUUUGGCAUGCAUCACAUUGUGACGCGUGUCAUUCUGGAUCCUCACGAACACGACUUUCUGCAGCGCUCCAACUACUUUCUCGCCAUCGUAGCCGGCUCAAUAGCCUGGGUGGGCUGGGAGUGGGUGCACAAGCUCGCCUCGGCUACGCCCGGGUACGCCUCCAACAACCUCUUUUUCGCACUCUCUCUCAUCGUCUGCUCCUGGAACCUCUUUCGCGCCGCUUCGAUCUCGCCCGGCUAUGCACCUCUGGUACCCUCGGCGCUGCACCGCCGCGAAAUCGUCACGCAGCUCGCACAGCAAGGCCGACUGAACGGUCAGACCUACUGCGUCUCGUGCAUGGCUCGCAAACCGAUGCGCUCCAAGCACUGCAAGCUGUGCAAACGCUGUGUUGCGCGUCACGACCACCAUUGUCCCUGGGUCGCCAACUGCAUCGGCGUUGGAAAUCAUCGUCAGUUUCUGCUCUUUGUUGGCGCACUUGUGGUUGGUGUGCUGCAAUUCCUCUACCUCACCGUCGUGUACUACUCGAUCAACGCUCCGCCUUACGACCCGUUGCCGGAUUCGAGCUACGAGACGUGUCAUUUGCCGUUCGCGUUUCUCUGCACUGCCACCACUUUCGAUGCGUUUUUGCUCGGCGUGGCUCUGUGGGCAGCGUUGCAGUUGACUUGGACGGUGAUCUUGCUAGUGGCGCAGGCUUGGCAGAUCACGCGCCAGAUGACAACGCUGGAAGUCUCGAAUCUGGGAAGGUUCGGUUUCAUGGGGGGUAAGGGAGGACAGAGUUAUGCUGGGCAGACUAACUUUAUCGCGCAGCAUUCAGGGCGUGGCCAGCCGUCAGGAAGUCUGAGCGCAGCGACGGAUCGGCUGCAGGGGAUCCACAAACAGUUUGGCGAGAACGAGAAUGCAGAGAUCGAUGUGAACCUCGGUGCUGACGAGAGUGCAGAUGCGACAAGCACACACGCCCAUGCGCAUGGAUCGCAUUCCAAGCUGAACCUGCUCAGGCGCGUGUUUGCAUCGUCCAGCAGCUGGCUGCUUUCAAUCGUCGGCUUGGAUCUGUAUACGCGCGGCAAGGCGGGUGAGGGCUUGAAGCGCGCUAGCGCCGCAGCGAAUCCGUUCGACCACGGCUUGCUCUCGAAUUGCAAAGACUUUUGGUCCAGAGGUGAGGAUCUGAACCUCGACUAUACUACGCUGUACGACCUCCCCGCCGAAGUCAGCCCGGGACAUUGCCAGGUGGUCCCGUUCUUGGUGGAUACCGUGACUGCUGGUGGCAGGGGUGGCGCGUGGAGGAAUAGGUCGCCCGCUUCAGGCUAUUCGUUGUUGAGAAGUGGAGCGGACGACGACGACGACGACAGCGACAACGCGACCAUGCCCGUGGACGCUGCGGGCAGGAGAAAGUGGAGUAUGUGGAGCAAUUUGAAGAAGAGUGCCAAGCCUCCUGGCUCAGCUACGGCUAUCUUGCCUACGUCGAAUGCAACGCAUGCUUGA